CAGUCUUAGUGCUGACCCUAUUUAUACUUUUCAGGGCAAAAUUGUGGGAGUGUAUUUUUCUGCGCAUUGGUGUCCGCCAUGUCGUCAGUUCACACCAGUCUUGAAGGAUUUCUAUGGAGAAGUUUGUGAUAGUGGCUUUGAAAUUGUUUUCGCCUCAUUCGACCAUAGUGAACAGGAGCAGAUGGCGUAUAUUUCUGAAUCGCAUGGGGAUUGGUUUUAUGUACCGUUUGGUGAUCCUUCUAUACAACAAGCGGCAAACAAAUUAGGUGUCUCCGGAAUUCCAGCACUAAUAAUCUUCAAAGCGAAUGGCGAAAUUGCCACCAAAAAUGGUCGUUCUGAUGUAACGAGCCUAGCACCAGUUCAAGCGCUGGCUUCAUGGAAGUGA